CGUCAGAAUAGCAAUAUUCAUAUUUUAUAUGUGUUCAUCAUUUUAAGUCCCUAUCAUAUGUCUGUAUUCAAGACCAAAACAGGGACGCAUUUAAAGAACUUGACUGGGCAUUUGUUGAUCUUUUUGAUGCCUACUGAACAGAAAACUACUGCUAACUCCUUAAUUAAGGCUCUUUCUUUAUACGCCAUCUUUGCAUUUCAAGGAAAUUUUACUAGUUUGACUCGAUUAAAUUCACAUCUUACAUUUUAUUUCAGCAGAAGGAUGUGACUUUCCUGACUCAUGGACCGGUACUUGGUUCAGCAGCCGCCGGGGCGACCUGGUUUUCAACUCGACCACGGUCGACAACAUAAACACAACUUUGACCGGACCCUUGCAAUAUACAUGCUUCAUGAAAUCUGGCAACACCUAUGUUCUAAGAUCCGAACUGUUCACUCUUCACAAUGCUCUUCACAGAGUGUACUUUUGUUUGGAAUUCACGGAAGUGACAUCAUCUUCGUUGAUGUACUACCAUAUGACAAAGGAGAACCCGCAAGCUUACAACGAGCGUCUGAAAGCGUACCCCUCCAUAUCGUCUGUGACUCUGCUGGACUUGUGUGACGAUACUCCGGACACCACUUCUUGGGAGAUGCUGGUCAAACAAGGCUCCACCUUGGACGCUGCGACAGAUUGUCCGAACGGUAUACGUGGCGUGUAUAACUACACGAUGACCCUUGCGUCCACUACGACUUGUGGUCUUGGUAACAGCAGUCUGGACGUGUGCACGGACACGGUGGCCCCUACCGUCAAUAUGUCACUCUGCAAUACACCAGUGGCAUACUCGGCUGAUGGUUUGUUGCAGUGUGUCUACAGUGAGGCAAUUGACUCGUACACGUACACCCUGAUUCUAAACCUCGACAACGCUACAGACGAGAUGACUACAUACAGGUUCACGUGCUUGGUGUCUGGAAUAUUGGGAGAUUACACGUACGUGUCUCAGUACCCGCAGAUAUGUCAUUCCUCUCAGACGCCGACGUCUGUCCCCGCCGGCGGGGGAACUCUUGUCAUGCUACCAUCAAGAACUUGCCCGAGUAGUGCAUCUGGACUAUGGAACGACUACACCGCGAUACCUCUGCUGUUGCUCGUCAAGUUUGUACUGUUCAUGUUGUGA